AAUAAUUUCAAAAUAAGCUUAAAAUUUAAUCAACCGGCAACCACAGUUUGACAAUUCCUGAAAUCCGUGACCUCUAUUUGUCAUUGAAUGGCAAAAGCAUUGGAAUCGCAAGAUUGGCGAGAGUUGUGUGCCGGCUGUCCCUGUACUGCCCCCGAAAUGGCUUUAAACAAACUAUCAAUCGAUGCUUUACAAUUGGCCAACAAACGUGUCCUCAUGAGAGUUGACUUCAACGUCCCCUUGAAAGACGGUAAAAUCACCAACAACCAACGCAUUGUCGCCGCUCUCGACACCAUCAAAUACGCCUUGGACAAAAAUGCCAAAAGCGUCGUCCUCAUGUCGCAUUUGGGCCGCCCUGACGGCAGCCCCAACCCUAAAUACACCCUGAAACCGGUCGCUGCUGAACUUAAGACCCUCCUAAACAGACUCGUCACAGCUAACUCAUGUGGCGAUUCCCCUAAAUUCCCUAAAAGAGACGUUACGUUCCUUCCCGAUUGCGUCGGCCCCGAUGUGGAGAAAGCCUGCGUUGACCCCGCCCCCGGCUCGCUCAUCCUCCUCGAAAACCUGCGUUUCCACGUCGAGGAAGAAGGCAAGGGUGUUGACGCCGCUGGUAAGAAAAUCAAAGCUGACCCCGCCCAAGUCUCCGCCUUCCGACAGAGUCUCCGCAAAUUGGGCGAUGUGUACGUCAAUGACGCGUUUGGAACCGCCCAUCGUGCGCACUCCUCCAUGAUGGGGGAGGGGUUUGACCAACGCGCAGCCGGAUUUCUCCUCAAAAAGGAGUUACAAUAUUUCGCAAAGGCGUUAGACAAGCCCGAAAAACCCUUCCUUGCGAUUCUGGGCGGAGCUAAAGUCGCCGACAAGAUCAAACUCAUCGAAAAUCUAUUGGAUAAAGUCCAGGAAAUGAUCAUAGGGGGCGGGAUGAGUUAUACCUUCCUUAAAGUGACCAAAAACAUGAAGAUUGGCAAUUCGUUAUACGACGAAGAGGGGGCGAAAAUCGUCAAUAAUUUGCUAGAAAAAGCGAAGAAAAACAACGUUCAAAUUCACCUACCUUGCGAUUUUGUCACGGCGGAUAAAUUCGACGAGAAGGCGCAAGUAGGGAGUGCUACACUCGAAUUGGGGAUUCCCGAUGGUUGGAUGGGAUUAGAUAUAGGACCGAAGACUAUAGAAUCGUUCAGAGCCCCCAUUCAAAGAGCUAAAGUUAUAGUUUGGAACGGACCAGCCGGUGUUUUCGAAUUUGAUAAUUUCGCAAAAGGGACCAAAGCCAUUAUGGAUGAAGUGGUAGCGGCGACACAAAGGGGCUGUGUCACAAUUAUUGGUGGCGGUGAUACCGCAACUUGUGCCGCAAAAUGGAAGACUGAAGAUAAAGUUUCACACGUUUCGACAGGCGGAGGCGCCAGUUUGGAAUUGUUAGAAGGAAAAGUCUUACCGGGGGUCGCAGCCCUAUCAGAUGCUUGAAUUUCCACAAAUUUGUUGUAAAUUAAUUGUAAUAUAAUAGUAACUUUGAUUUUGUGUGGUUGGUACGGCGAUAUAAAAUAAAAUGGCGGAUUUUCCCAAA